AUGUUAAUGAAGGGCUUGAGAUAUAUUAUACCAUGUCAAAAUCGUAUUAAUCAACGACGAUCCAAAACGAAAUCAGCUAAAAUGCAAUAUGAUAUAAUAUCAAAUUCAAUUAAAAAAUGUGUUGGUGAUAAUCAAACGUCUAUUACCGAUCAACGUGCUACACAAGCCUUCACAGAAUUAGAACAUCUUAUUUAUCAAUUAUAUAAAAAAGCAUUAUCAAACAAAUUAUAUCGACGUGCUCGACGUGAAUAUAAACAAGUUAAAAAACUUCAGAAAUUCUUACACAGUCGACCUGAUAUUAUUCUAUGUCAAAUUGAUAAAAGUUCAGGAUUUUAUAUUGGAGAUGCUCAAACAAUUGAAUUAAAAGCAUAUGAAUAUAUGACUACAACAAAUGCUUACAAAGAAAUUACAAAUGGUCAUUGUCCAUUAGCUGAAAAUUCACAAUUAUAUGAUAAAUUAUAUCCAAAGACGACGAAUAAAUCAGAAUUAGCUCAUUUUCAUGGUUUACCUAAAGUACAUAAAGUUGGUAUUCCAUUACGACCAAUUAUUGCUGGUAUUUAUGCACCAGCGACAGCAAUGUCAAAAUUUUUAAAUUCUCCCUUAGCACCUAUUUAUUUAAAAGUAGCACGUAAAACGACAUUUAUUCAUAGUAUUGAUGUCGUUCGACAAUUAGAAAUCUAUAUCACCAAUGGUCAUUUUAAACCGACAACGAAAUUUAUUACAGGUGAUGUUAAAAAUCUCUAUAUAAUGAUACCACGCAAGGGUGCAUUAGAAGCAUUAAUACGACGUUUAGAGAAACAUUCAAAAGCUCGUCAUAUUCGUACAUUACAUAUCGACACCAUAUUUAGAAUGACACUUACGGUUUUGGAUACCAAUUGCUUUGCUUAUAAAGAUAAAUAUUAUAAACAAAUUCAUGGUGGUGCCGUGGGUUCCGCAUUUAGUUGA